AUGGUCCCAAUUCCACUGUAUAAUUUCUUAGCAUGGGUAUUAGGCAUGACUGAUGAUCCAGGAUUUGAUGACUAUGCGAAAGUAAUGGCAGAAGAGAAUGCCAAAUUGCUUUCCCUGGCACAACAAGAUAUUAUUUAUGAUCCACAUGCUGGUCGGAAACGAACACCUGAACAUUUGGCUCUCAGCAUGACAAUUCGCCAGAUGACAGGAUCUUCCGGACUGCUGAAGAUUAUCCAUGGAUUCGGGCAUUGUGCAUCUCAUUCAACCACACUGAGGCAUGACAAAGCUCUUGCAGAAUUAAAUCCGCAAAGUUCAACAGUGGUGCCUAAAGAAAUUCUUCCAAAUAAGAGUACAACACUAAUUUGGAAUAAUGAUGACUUUCAGGAAGAGUCUAAAUCAUCUACGCACAUUACUAAUGGAAUUGCAGUACAAAGAGCUUUAAAUGAGGAUGUAAAUACUAUUCCACCAUUAGUAAAGACGAGAAGAAAAAGCUUAGAUGAUCUAUGCAGUGAAUUGAUGCCAUAUUCAAUAGGAAAGAAAAAGUCCAUUGAUGUGUUAGAGCAGUGUUCUGAUCUUGAAUUUGAAGAAGAGUGCCAUUUUACUCAUCAGAUAUCUGCAA